AUGGUCCCUCGGUCGGUCGAGGUCGCCGCCCUCCUCGUGCCUCUUCCCAAUGUUCCCUCGGCGGCCGAUGCCGUCUGCUCCGGCUCCCCAGUCCCCGGGUCUGCCCUGCUCUCGUCCGCGCUAGCUUCUGUUUCGUCAUCACUGAUCGCAUCGAUUCCUGUUCGCGUGAGCACCAUCCUGAAGCCCGCCCAGCAGCUGAACCGCUCCCUAAGUCGAAGGAGCAUCAUCAGUCUCACCCACUUCGCUCGCUGCCCACUGACUGCCGGCCGGGCCUCCUUCCACCCAGCGAAGAGCUUCCUCAGCCACUCGAUGCGGGUUCUCAUCUUCCUCGGUCCAUUGCUGCGCGGCUUUCCGCACGAUCGGACACAGCGGGCGUUGCUAGCGCACCCCGCGUGGCUCGGUACCCACAGGAACGUGACAGAUUCGAGCUGGGCGCGAUAUCGGCAUAUCCCCUCUCCCUGA